GUCACGUCAUCACGUUCUUCAGUCGGGCGACGUGAGGACGUGACAGACGUUUGUCGAUAUAAAGUUCUGAUACUUUCAGUUGCUGUGUGAAAUCUUAAUUUUGGGGAAUUUUAGAAUAAAAUCUUUCCAGCACUGUCUAUUAACAAAGUUAUUAAUAUUUCAGCAAAGGGUCUGUUUAAAAUUGCAGUCCUGAUUUGCAACACUUAGGUUAGCACCUGAACGCACCACCAGGCUCCACCUACUUUCGGUAGGGAACCGCUAUCUGUCAGAAAAAGCAGCCGAGCUGAGAUCCGCUACUCCGACAAGGUUCACUGACACAGCUCCUGUUUGAAAAGACGUUGUUUUCGGGGUUCUGAACCUGUCCGUACACUCGGAGCGAACAUGACCGGGCUGAGGUAACCGUUCACCGUCUGCUGCUUCCUUCUCAGACGGCCGGACAGAUGCAGAUGGAGAGCACGGGCAGGCUGGUGUUGCUGUCCGAGCUCCGCGUCAGAAACACCCCGUGCGAUGUGAGCCUGAGCCGGUCCCAUCUCACCUGGAAGAGACGGAUCUCUAGCCCGGUGUACCAUCCUUUCAGACCCAGUGUGUGCCACAGUGUCUCAGUGUCAGAGAUCAUCUCUGUCCGAGAGGAAGAGGAGGAUAACGGCAGCAGAAGAAGAGACGAUGGCAGCUGGAAAAAGAUCAAAGAGAGAGAAGGGAAGGACUGCAGGCAGGCCUUCACAGUGUUGUACGUGGAGAGGGGUCAGCAGCACCGCUGGCGGUGUGCCGAGGUCACCUUCACGUGUGCAGAGGGGGCACUGUGUAAGCGAUGGGUCAACAACAUCAGAGAGCAGCUCACCUCUAUCGCCAGCAGACCCCAACACCUGCUGGUUUACAUCAACCCGUACAGUGGGAAACGACAGGGCAAACGCAUCUACGAGCAGAAGGUGGCCCCGCUGUUUGCCCAGGCUGGCAUCUCCACGGAUGUGAUCGUGACGGAGUACGCCAAUCAUGCCAGAGAUCACCUGAGGUCAGAGGUGGAGCUGAAGAAGUUUGAUGGCGUGGUGUGUGUCGGGGGAGACGGCAUGUUCAGUGAGAUUAUCCAUGGACUGAUCUGGAGGACACAGAUCGAUGGCGGCGUAGAUCUGAAUUGUGCGGAUGAAACACUGCUUCCCUGCUCACUUCGUAUCGGGAUCAUUCCUGCAGGUUCCACAGACUGUAUCUGCUUUGCCACUGUGGGCACCAGUGACCCCGUGACCUCUGCACUGCACAUCAUAGUGGGAGACUCUCAGCCGAUGGACAUGUGCUCAGUUCACCACAACAACACAUUCCUGCGAUUCUCUGUCUCUCUGCUGGGAUAUGGUUUCUAUGGUGAUCUGCUAACUGACAGUGAGAGGAAGCGAUGGAUGGGACGGGCCAGAUACGACUUCUCAGGUGUGAAGAUGUUCCUGACUCAUCAUUACUAUGAAGGCACAGUGUCCUAUCUGCCGGCCAGAGGUAUCAUAGGAACACCACGAGAUGCCACCAGGUGUCGAACCGGCUGUUUGGUUUGUCAGCACAACGGGCAACUACUUUCAGAGACAGCUGAGACGUACGAGGUGGACGAAGCAUCAGACAGUGAAAGUGACAGCAAGUGGAGGACAAUCCGAGGCAAGUUUCUGGCUAUAAACGCUGCCAGUAUGAGCUGUGCUUGUCCUCGCAGCCCCAAAGGCCUUUCACCUGCCGCUCACCUGGCCGAUGGCACCGCUGACCUCAUCCUGGUCCGAAAAUGUUCCCGUUUUGACUUCCUCAGACACCUCCUUCGACACACCAGCAAAGACGACCAGUUUGAUCUGACCUAUGUCGAGGUCCACCGGGUGCAGCGUUUCCGCUUCACGCCGCGUUACUGCCAGAGCGACUCAGACCUGGAACUUGACCUGCAGGAGAAUGGCAAACACCAGAUCUUCAGUCAGAUCUGCCGAGACCACCCAGCCUGUGGCUGUGCUCCCGCCUACAGCAGCUGGAACUGCGAUGGCGAGAUCCUGACCCACACGGCCAUCGAAGUGAAAGUGCACCGCCAGUUGAUCAAACUGUUUGCAAGAGGGAUUGAAGAACCUGCAGUGUUUGAGGAACUCACUAACCCCUGUGCAAUUUAGACUGGUACCCCCAUUAAUCCAUGUCAGACACUGGAGUUGUCUUCUGUUUCCAGCCGCUGCCUACAUCACUGCUGCCGCUGCCUACAUCACUGCUGCCUCUGCCAUGAUGCAACACUCAUCACAUCCUUAACCAGAGGACUUGACAGGGUAUGUUGUAACGGAGCUUUACUUUCAGGGUCUGAAAGCCCAAAAAACGACAUCCUCACAGACAGAAAGUGAUGUACAAUUUCCUUAAAACUCCCUGAUCAGCUUUAAAUGCGUUCCCAGUCAGGAGCUUAUACACCCAGAUUCACCCUUUGUUCCGAGUCACACUGUUGGUGUUUCAGUGCGACCAGUUGAAUGACUAGUGGGUGUCUGGCACCUGAUUUAGUUUUAAUAUUGAAGUACCCUCCUGAACAUGAGACCCACCCUGGUCAGUAAUAUUUUCUUCCCUAUAAUCCUCAGAAUAUGACAAUGAUAUUGUCAUCUUCAGUCUACAAAUGUUGCCUCUAACAGUAAUGUAAUAUGCAACCAGACAGCACUUCCUGUAGGUGGGGAAAAAAGGACAAAAAAAAACAAACCAUUGCUCUAAACAUUGUCCCUUGGGACACCUGGAAAGUCUGGUUGUAAUCUGGUCUCUGUUUCUCUUAAAUCGGACUGGUUUGGGGCUACGUAGCCAUUUUGACUUGGACUUGUCUUGUGGACAUGUUGAGAUACUUUUCUCGUUGUCCUGUUGACUUGUCUUGUUCUUGGCUACCAGUUACUCUCAUGUAAUAUCCUGAACCUACCUGUGACAUGUUUUAAGGAUGCCAGACACCUAACGCUCAUUCUCAGGGUCAUGUGACCAUUAGGAGUCAGGGUUUGAUCCACAUUCAUGAAAGGCUGAAAUUAAAUCUCUUGCACGUGAUCUAUAAUGGUAUAAUGCUGACAGCAAAUUAAUAUAGCACUAUUGAGACAGCUGGCAUCUUUGUCUGACUGUGUGGAGGUUUCUGUUGCACUGUGCUUCUCAGACACAUCCAUUAGGGUGCUCUCCCACUCAUGUUUCUCAGGAACACCUGAACUCUGUUGUAGCACUGAAAUUGUAUUUUUACAUAUUUAAUUCGAGCAAAUUCAGGUAAUGAGAAUUUUAGUCCAAAAAAUGUUGUUAAUCAAGCUGGACAUGGCUGAGGAAAGCUGAACAGCGCACACAAUAUUUUAAUCUUCCAUUUCCUCUUAAUAUGCAGAUGAACUCAGUCAGAGCAAACUCACGACACAGAGGAAAUCACCUGAAGAAUGAAUGCUCUAACAGCUGCUUCUCACACAAACUGUGCAGAUGUGCAGCAUUCAGAAUGAGCCAACAUCGUAGCUGUAGUUACUCAUGUUACUUCUGUGCUCAUCUAUGGUUAAUUUCUUUUAAUUUUUGCAGCACAGAUAAUCCUAUAAACCUUUUACAAUUUAAAUAAUAUUCACAACAUCUUCUUCCAGAUGUUGACCCUGGAUGUAGAGACUCAGUGAUAAGAGCAUGAGUGAGGUCCAGUACUGAUGUCGAUGAUGCAGUCUGGCUUUCAGUUUGUCCAAAAACUUUUGUUGCUUUGGUUUAUGAUCAAAAUUAAUGACACUCCCAUCAGCCUCAGCUGUAGCAUGCUAGCACACAAAGAUGAUGAACAUCCAUUGUAAGCAUUUAGUUCAAAGCAGCACUGUGUCUGACUACAGCCUCCCACACUUGGUCUUUUUUUUUUUCAUGUAAAGUUUGGGGUAAGUUUAUGUUGUAAUAAUUUAAAGCUGAUCUGCAUGGCUCACAACCUAUGCAACCUGUUUUUACAAACCACUAUGAUAAAGCAUGUGGAAAAGGCUGGCCAAAUAGUUUUUUUUUUCUUCAGACUCCUCUUUAAUGGCCAGGUAUGUUUGGACAUGCAAGGAAGUGUGAUGUUUAUCCACAAACUAUUUUCUUUGCCAAGUCUAAAAACGUGUACGAGUCCAUCUCACUGUGAGAAAGGCAAAUUAUUUCCCUUAUAUAAAACACAAAACCCAGUUGUGAGUUUCACUGCAUAGGUGGAAGAUUCACAUUUUUGAUUAGAAGUUUUGUGAAUUGCGGCUGUGUUGAAAGAGGCUGCUCUGUUAGGUCCAUUGUUGACUUGCAACCAUCUGCUCACAACAUGUUCACUGUAUUGUUUGUUUGGGUUUUUUUUUUGCUUGUUAUUUGUGCAGUUUUUGAAUUUUAAAUGUUCAGUGUGGACAACAAAAUUUCUUAGAAAAUAGUCUGCAUGUACCAGCCUCUGUAAUGUUAUUUUUCCAUGUCCUUUAUUAAUAGCAAUCGGAGAGAAGUUGUUUUCUUCUCUAAGCCUCAGGAUGACAAUGUCACUCUGUCCAGUUCUUUGACCCAUCUAUUUAUUUUAUCAUAGCCUUUUAACUUUCCUCUAGCACCACCCUCGGGCUUUUAAAUUUUUAGCUUAGGUAGGUCUAUGAAUCUCUAAAUGAUGAUGUUUGUAGCUUCACAUUCAUUCAAAGCACAGCCUGGUGCUCUGUUUGUGUUUUGGAAAAUAACUUUAUCUUUGACCCUGAAAUGAAGUGGAGUAUCAGCACUGGACUGUCAAACUGCUGUUUUUGUUUCCUCCCUACUGAUGUCGAGCUGGACUCGGACUGAGGGAGGAGGGAACCAGUAGCAGCUCACGGUGCUCCUAAACACAGAUUAAUCACUUUUUUGAGCUCUCUUGAUCUUAAUCUGACCAAAUACCUGGAGUUUAAUGAUGUAGCUCUCUAUGUAUGUGGAAGUUGUAGCUUAGCCUAGAGGUCUUCACAGGUUAAAAUUUUAGAUGCAAUCCGAAGCCGGCUCCUGGAAAUCAUACUUGUGCACAUUUUAAUGUCUGUAUGAAAUAGACUGUGAAGACCUUUAGUUCAGCCAUAUGUUUCAUGCCGAUUUAUCUGAACACUGUGUUGAUGUACAAUUCAAGUCUGAGUGUUUUGCUGUAAAAACCCCAAAUAAACCAAAUGUGUUAAACUUGU